CAAAAACAAUAUCCAUAGACUCCAUUGAAGCAUCUUAACAUGCCACGAAGAGUUUAACAUUUUCUGCUUUAGCUCAGCCCACGUCGCCAGAAUUUUCAUGCAGCUCAAAAUGGAAACUAUAAAAACCGUCGAUCACACGACUCUAAAUCUCAGCCGGUAAUUUUGUUGAGAAAAGCCUGUGGAUAGGGAAAUUCGAGUAGUUCUUAUAUUCUUAAAUACUUAUAAAUUCUUUUCAGCUGAGAUUUUUCAGUUUUCUGAUCAUUUGCCACCGGAAUCUUGAAUCAUCAGGCGGGAAGCUCUGAGUCAACUCAGUUUACGAUCUAUUUCACUGCACUCAGGAUUGCAAGAUUGAGAAUUAAUCUGAAUUGCUGUUCGACCUUCUGAUUCCACAAUCGGGCAUGGGAGUUGUGACUGUUCCUAGUUCUGCUUCGAGGACUCCUUUGGGAUUGAGCACAAGAUUUUCGACUCGUGAAUCUGCAGUUAGAAGGCCAGUAAUCUUAUCGCUUAAAAAAGAUAAUAAAACAAAGAAACCAGGCUUUGUUGCACCUCGAGAAUCUAAAUCUUUAGCUGUAGAACCAGCUGAAGAAAAUGAAAAGAGGAUAAGAACUGUAAGACGAGCGCGCGCUGUGUCAACCGGUGAAGCCUCUCCAAGUAGUUCAGAAUUGGAUUACAAUGUCGCUGCUGCCACACUUGAAAACAUAUACAAACGAAGUUCAACAGAAGAUGUAUCGGAUGUGGAAGUUAAGGAUCAUGUGGUAAAGAGAAGGCGACAGAGGAGGAAGCGGGUGGGAGAAGCCGAGGAGGAGGUCGAAAAGGGAACUAAUGAUACUAUUGUAAGGAGUCGGAGGAAGAAGGAGAAAAGAUUGAGUCUUGAGAAGAGGAUUGCUCCGCGAAUGAAGAAAGAAGGUGAAGUAAUUGCAUCGUCCCGGGAAGGAAAAUGCAGCAUGAAUUAUGAAGAUGAAAAGGUAGAUAGGCUUGUUAGAGAGUAUUCUGUUUCCUCUGAUUUAGUCAGCCUAGAUUGGAAGAAAAUGAAGGUCCCAUCUGUUCUUCCUUCCUCUGAACAUGCCUGGCUGUUUAAACUGAUGCAACCUAUGAAGGCAAUCCUUCAAGUAAAGGAUAAUUUAGAAAAUGAUUUGGGAAGAAAACCAACGGAUGAUGAAUUAGCAGAGGCAACAAAUACAGAUGUUGUUCAACUCAGGAAACAAAUGGAAGUUGGUAGAGCUGCCAGAAACAAGUUGAUCAAGCACAACCUCCGGCUUGUUUUGUUUGUGAUAAACAAAUAUUUUCAAGACUUUGCAAAUGGCCCAAUAUUCCAAGACCUCUGUCAAGCAGGAGUGAAGGGUCUAAUAACAGCUAUUGACCGUUUUGAGCCAAGAAGGAAGUUCCGGCUCUCAACGUAUGGCCUCUUUUGGAUCAGGCAUGCCAUUAUACGUUCUAUGACACUUUCAAGCUUCACCAAAGUCCCCUUCGGCCUUGAAUCGGUCAGAGUAGAAAUCAAAAGGGCCAAGUUAGAGUUAAUGUUUGAGCUGCAGAGAUUGCCAACAGAAGAAGAAAUUAUAGAAAGAGUUGGUAUCUCCCCCGAGAGAUAUCAUGAAGUAAUGAGAGCAUCAAAAUCGAUAUCUUCUCUUCAUGCACGGCAUGCAGUAACCCAAGAAGAGUUCAUAAAUGGAAUUACUGAUACUGAUGGUGCUGAAGGAGAUAAAAGAAGGCAACCUGCUCUUCUCAGGCUUGCUCUGGAUGAUGUGCUUGAUUCUCUGAAGCCUAAGGAGAGUUUGGUUAUCAGACAAAGAUAUGGACUUGAUGGUAAAGGAGACAGAACUCUUGGAGAAAUUGCAGGCAAUUUAAAUAUGUCAAGAGAAAUGGUAAGGAAGCAUGAAAUGAAGGCUCUCAUGAAGCUCAAGCAUCCUGCUCGAGUCGAUUAUCUUCGCAGAUACAUUUCCAAAUAAUCCGACAUCCUUUUCUUGUCAUCAGUGAAUACUAAUUGCUGUGUAACAAAUCAUUUAUAUCGUAGUUAAACAUUACAUGCACAUAACAAUCUGUUAACAUGUAUAAUCCGCAGGUGUGUAUAUGGCUUCUAGCCCUGCUUUCCUUUUUGCUUUUUCCUUUUAUUUGUAAUACGAGGCUAAGAAAAUAUAACUUAUACCUUCGAUAAAACAUAUAUUUUAACAGUGUUAA